AUGUUUGACUCUUCUUCGGCGGACGAAAAGUCCCCUCGUGUGAGCAACGACAAGAAGCCAAAGACCGACAAGGAGGAUGUCGAAACUGGCGAGGCUGGCCUUGACCGAGCCAUGAGCUCUCGUCACUUGCAAUUCAUCGCCAUUGGCGGCACCAUCGGAACAGGUCUCUUCCUCGGUGUAGGUCCAGCUCUCGUCAAGGCCGGUCCUGUGUCUCUGCUCGUCGCCUUCGCCUUUAUGGGCUCAGUCGUCUACUCCGUCAUGGUCAGCCUUGGAGAGAUGGCCGCCUACAUUCCCAUCACUGGCUCAUUCACAUCCUACGCUGCUCGUUUUGUCGAUCCUACCUUGGGUUUCGCCAUGGGAUGGUUGUACUGGUUCAGUUGGUCGAUUACCUUUGCCCUCGAGCUUGUCGCUGCGGGUAUCAUCAUUCAGUACUGGGACUCUGAGCUUAGCAUCGCCAUCUGGAUCAGCGUCUUCUGGGCUCUGUUUACGGCUCUCAACUUUGUCCCCGUGCGUAUUUUUGGUGAGAUUGAGAUGUGGUUUUCCAUGAUCAAGGUCGUCACCAUCAUCGGCUUCAUCAUCUUCUCCAUCUGCAUCAACGCUGGUGUCGGCGAUGAGGGCUACAUUGGCUUCAAGUACUGGAACGAUCCCGGCGUCGCAAACACCUACAUGGGCAUUGAGGGCGCCACUGGCAAGUUUGUCGGCUUCUGGGCUGUUCUCGUCACCGCUGGUUUCUCCUUCCAGGGAACCGAACUUGUCGGUGUCGGAGCUGGUGAGACUGCCAACCCCCGUAAGGCCAUCCCUGAGGCUAUCCGCUGGACCUUCUGGGGAAUCUUCAGCCUUUUCAUGGCUACCGUCUUCUUUGUCGGUAUCAACGUGCCCUUCAACGACCCCGCCCUCGACAGCGGUGCUCAGGAUGCUUCUGCCUCUCCUCUCGUCGUUGUGGCCACCCGCGCUGGUGUCAAGGUUCUCCCUGACAUCAUCAACGCCGUUCUCCUCUCCGCCAUCCUCACAGCUGCCAACUCCAACGUCUACUCCAGUAGCCGUAUCAUGGUUGCUCUCGCUGAGGAUGGUCUUGCCCCUGCCUUCAUGAAGCGCACCAACAAGUACGGCACCCCCUACUUUGCCGUUGCCUCAUGCUCAGUCAUGGGCCUCAUUGCCUACAUCAACCUUUCCUCCAGCGGAGAAAAGGUCUUCAACUGGCUCCUCAACGUCAGUUCGACCUCGUGCUUCAUCACCUGGGUCCUGAUCAAUGUCUGCCACAUCCGCUUCCAGAAGAUCAUGAAGGCACAGGAUAUUCCCCGUGAGGAGCUGCCCUACCUCGCACCUCUCCAGCCCUACCUUUCGUACUACGGUGCUUUCUUCGUAGCACUCAUCACCAUCACUUGUGGUUUCACCGUGUUCAUCGAGUGGGACACGGCCGACUUUUUCUCCAACUACAUCAGCUUGAUGCUCUUCUUCGUUCUCUACGUCGGCCACAAGCUCAUCUGCCGCACCAAGGUUGUGCCGCUGAUGGAGGUCGAUCUGAGCAAGGGCCGAGAGGAGAUGUAA